AUGGGAUCUACUCAAGUUGAAAACUACGAUGUUCUUAUUAUCGGUGCCGGUCUAUCUGGCGUAUGUAGUCUCUACCACAUGAGGAAGCGCUUCCCUUCCUGGCGCAUCCGUGUGCUGGAAGCAGCUGAAAGCGUUGGCGGCACUUGGAACUGGAACCGUUACCCAGGUGCCCGAGUCGAUUCUGAAUCUCUAUCCUAUGCUUUCUCCUUCGAUAAGAAUCUGAUGAAUGAAUGGCACUGGAAGGAAUCAUUUGCCCCUCAAUCGGAAAUCCUCCGAUACAUCGAACGAAUUGUAGACAAGCACGAUCUCAACAAGGAUAUUCAAUUCAAGACCAAAAUCCGGUCUGCCCGCUGGCAGGAUCACCAUCGGACAUGGCUAUUUGCAGAUGAGGCAGGCACUCAGUACCAGUCAACCUUCUUUGUAAGUUGCAUGGGAUUUCUGUCCACUCCAACUCUGCCUGCAAUUCCUGGCAUCGAUAGCUUCAAAGGAGAAGCAUUCCAUACGUCUCGCUGGCCGAAGGACUUCGAUCUGAGUCACGACUUUGCAAACAAGCGUAUCGGUGUUAUUGGAACGGGGGCGACGGGUAUCCAGACAAUAACUGCUGUCUCCAAAGAGCCCAGUGUUAGGUCUGUGACUGUCUUCCAACGAACUCCCAACUGGUCUGCACCUCUCCACAAUGAGGACAUUACUCUUGAGCAAAUGGCAGAACACCAAAAGAACUAUGAUGAUAUCUUCCAACUUUGCCAUAAGACCCCCGGCUGUUUUAUGCAUCAAGCAGAUCCUCGGAAGUCAUUAGAAGUUAGCGAGGAGGAGCGUCUAGCGUUAUGGGAGGAGGUAUACGCCAAGCCAGGAUUCGCCAAGUGGCUCGGCGUGUUCAGCGACACCUAUACUAACCGCGAAGCCAACAAACUUUACUCGGAUUUCAUAGCCAACAAGAUUCGCGCACGUAUAAACGACCCGGAAGUGGCAGACAGCCUGAUUCCUAAGACUCACGGAUUCGGAACCCGGCGGGUUCCCUUGGAAAGUGGUUAUUUCGAAUCAUACAAUCGACCCAACGUUCACCUUGUCGACUUGCAAAAGACCCCUGUCGAGAAGAUCACAGAGACAGGGAUCACAACCACAGACGGUACACAUCACGAAGUCGACAUUCUCAUCUAUGCGACUGGCUUCAAUGCUAUCACCGGUGCCUUCAGCUCUAUUGAGUGGCAUGCUAAGGAUGGGCGACCCUUGCUAGGUAGCAGUGAUAGCCCGCAAGGCAAAGAAGCCAUAUGGCUUGAUCAUAGGCCAGAGACCUACUUAGGUUUGACUAUUUGCUCCAUGCCAAACAUGUUCAUGGUCCUUGGGCCCCACCAGCCAUUUGGAAAUGCCCCACGCACAAUUGAGCAUGCUGUGGCCGUGGUGACUGACUUGCUGCAAUAUUGCAAAGACAAUGGUUAUGACUAUGUCGAGCCCACGCCUGAAGCGGUCGAGAAGUGGACUGCGCAUGUGGUGGAGUGCAGCAAGGGACAUCUUUCCAAUGAGGUUGACAGCUGGAUGACUGGUGUGAACAAGAAUAUCAAAGGGAAGACUGUUCGCUCUGUUGCGAGGUACUCUGGUAGUGCGGUUGAGUAUCGCCGAAAAUGUGCUGAGUGUAAAGUAGCUGGCUGGGAAGGAUUGAAAUUCCUCACUUCUCACUCUGGCAGCGAAUAG